CCUGGUGGUGGCACCGGACCUCUCUCAGGCACGCUGACCCCAGGGCCUUCCCCACCAGCCACGCCGUCCAUGGAGUUUGCUGCUGGAGCCAUCGGAGGCGUCUGCGGUGUUGCUGUGGGCUACCCCCUGGACACGGUGAAGGUCAGGAUCCAGACAGAGCCCAAGUACACGGGCAUCUGGCACUGCAUCCGGGACACGUAUCGCCGAGAGCGGGUGUGGGGCUUCUACAGGGGCCUCUCGCUGCCUGUGUGCACUGUGUCCCUGGUCUCGUCUGUGUCUUUCGGCACCUAUCGCCACUGCCUCGCGCACAUCUGCCGGUUCCGGUAUGGCAGCGCCGACGCCAAGCCCGCCAAGACCGACAUCACGCUCUCAGGAUUCGCCUCCGGCCUUGUCCGCGUGUUCCUGACCUCGCCCACCGAGGUGGCCAAGGUCCGCCUGCAGACGCAGACGCAGACGCAGCAACGGCGGCCCUCGGCCUCGGGGCCCUCGGCUGCGCCCCCCAUGUGCCCCGCACCCCCCGUGGGUCGGGCGCCAGGGCCCAAGUACUGCGGGCCGCUGCACUGCCUGGCCUCGGUGGCCCGGGAGGAGGGGCUGCGCGGCCUCUACAAGGGCAGCUCGGCCCUGCUCUUCCGCGACGGUCACUCCUUUGCCACCUACUUCCUCUCGUACGCCAUCCUCUGUGAGCAGCUGACUCCCGCUGGCCGCAGCCGGCCAGAUGUCUUGGGCGUGCUGGUGGCCGGUGGCUCUGCAGGGGUGCUGGCCUGGGCCGUGGCCACCCCCAUGGACGUGAUCAAGUCGCGCCUGCAGGCGGAUGGGCAGGGCCAGCGCCGCUACCGGGGCCUCCUGCACUGCGUGGUGACCAGCGUUCGGGAGGAGGGGCCGAGGGUGCUCUUCAAGGGGCUGUCGCUCAACUGCUGUCGCGCCUUCCCCGUCAACAUGGUGGUCUUUGUCACCUACGAGGCCGUGCUGAGGCUCAUGCGGGGCCUGCUCUCCUAGCUGGUGCCCAUCCCCAGGGGCCAACCCGCCAGCAGCUUCCAGAGGCCGCAGGAGCUGAAGGAGGCGGAGGGGAGUGUCGGGGUCUGGGCCCCAGGGGGCCAUCCCCCAGGACAGCUGGGGCCUCCCCGCCCAGCGACUGACCACGAGGAGGUCAAGGGGCCCAGGGCUGGCCUGAGGGUCACAGGAGCCAGGGAGAAGCGGGCCUCUGGGAUGGGGAUGUGGUCGCCUGGAGCCGUUUGUGCAUUUGGUCAGUGGCUCAGCCCGGCUCCUCUCCCACCUCUCCCUGCCGCCCCACGUCUGCAGAGCACCCCUGCGUCCCCUCGGCUCCCCAUCCUUCUCUCCCCACUCAGCUCUCCCUGCUGUGCACUGGGCUCUUCAUUCCUGGUCCUCAGACGCAGCCAACUGGUCUCCCCACCAGACGGAACCCAGGGGCAGCCGCCUGGCUCCUGGUGCGCUCAGUCCCCACACCAGGAUGCUCAGGGAGGAGUCGCCCGGUCUGGUCACCCACCCCUGCCCUGCCUGCGGACCCGAGGCUCAGCUGCGAGCUGUUGCCAAUAAAACGCUUCUCGGGCGGUUCAGUGGUGCUG